AUGCUCACACUAAUUGCUUUAAUAUGCAAGAGUUCUAUAUUUGGUUCCGGUCGACAGGCCCUUACAGUUGAGAAAAUGACUAGAGCUAAUCUUGAAAGAGACUAUUCUACAACAAAUCUCGAAUCAAUCGCAUGGCAAGUAGCAAACGAUUUUCAUCUCGAACAACCUAAUGUUGUCAAUUAUUUCCAACGUUCCAAAUGGGCUCAGCUUGCCAAAAAUCUCUUUUUCAGAGUUGAUUUCAACCAAGUCGAUGGACAUGAAAAAGCUGUCUAUCUUGGUGGCAUGGUUAUCAAGAUUACUAAGUCCAACGGUGUUUACACUGUCAAUUGUCGCCAAGCAACUGUCCGUGGAACCGUAAGAUAUGCAGUUUACAUUCCUCGUCGUUCUUUUAAUGCCCCAUUUGGAGAGAAAGCUGUUCCUAAUAUAAGAAGGACAGUAACGCCUUCUUAUCUGCUCUCAGGCGAAGAAAUCACACAAAUCUAUAACACUUUAUACAGCCAAAUUAAGGGCCAACUCAACGCUUACAAAGCAAUUUAA